AUGCCAGAGCUGCCAACGAUGAAGAAGCCGCUUUCGCUGGCACAGCAACUCGAAGCUGCCGAGGCGCUUGCGCAACAGCUGCAAGCCGACGUGAGUACCAAGCGAGCGAUCAUCCAGAGCCUCGAAGGCAUCGCCAAGUCGGACGCCAAGCUCGUGCGCGACUGCUUUGACCAGAGGACCUCCGUGGGUGCGGUCUUUUCUAAAACGCGAGCCACACCAACCACGCGAGAGGGCAAGAAGGAGCUCGUGACGACCAAUGCGGCCUUGGUGCUCGCGAUCGCCGACAUCGAAGCCAACCUUGCAACGCUUCAAGCAACGAUUCAAUCGUUGCGGCACAAGCCGACUGCCCGGCUCGCCCAGCGCCGACUCUCGACGUUGGCCGAAGUGUUCGAGACAGACGCCGAUGUCGGACGUCUCAUCGAACAGUUUGAGCUGCUCCUUCGCCAAAUACUGCCAAAGUCCGCGCUGCACUCGAUCAAGGCCAAGCGCAUCCUCAUUGCGCUCGAGACGAUCGACGGCACCAGUCUCAAAUCUAUUGAAAUCACACUGGGCGACUACCUUCCGUUUCUAUUGCCACUCGCGCCGUCCACGAGCAAGAAGAAGUCGUCGGCGCGGCACCCGGACGAGGACGAAGACGAGUCGUACUUUUCCCACAGCGCGGUCGAUGCCCUCGUCGUCAAAUUCACGUCGCGCUUGCGCCCACAUCGCCACAUGCCCGCCGCACGCCACCAUUCGCUUCUCGUUGCCUCCUCAGCGGCGGCAACACUGCCCGUCGAUGACGCAUCUGCACACGGCAAGCCAAGCAGCCAUGGGCGAAGUUCCAAGGUCGAGGAAUUUGCAGGAGAGACAGCGCCGUCGCUGCUUGACGCCCCCAAGCUCAUGACGCCCGACCAGCUCUUGCCCAUCAAUGAAAACGGCUCCAAGACCAAGGACCUCCUCUGCACCAAGACGGAUACCAAGGCUCCCGAGGCCGCGUCGCGCCUUCGCCGAGCCUCCGUCUCUUUGUAUGUCGAUCGCACCAGUGGCAGUGCCAAGGCGCCGCGAGAUGCGGCUGCGCAUUUGGGGGAGCAGGCGAUUGCGAGGCGCACGGAAAUGAGUCGCAUGAACGACUUUGAGCGCAUUGCGCUGGCCGACAAACGGCUGAAAACGGACGGUAGCUUCUCGUAG